CCUUUCUGUUCUUUUCCCAGUUGCAAAUAUUUCCAACUCCUUCUUGCCUUUGUUGGCAUUUAAUGGAAGAAAAAGCACCAAUCGGACCUGCCAUGGUAUCCAGGUUGCCUAAGUUUGGUGGACGCCCCUCAGCUGGUAGCACUGGACUCCUUUCCAAUGGUUCUACACAACCUACUUCUCCUUCCCAGGAUAGCAAGACCAUUUCCACAGGAACACGGCAAAAUGGUUUGAUCCGUCCCUCCCCUCUUUCCCUGAAAUGGAAGAGAGAUGAAGGGAUAAACUCUUCUUGCCCCUCCACCCCAACUUCUCCAAGGGAUUCAAGCGAAGACAAGGCUCAGUCACAGGUUUUUUCUUUGGCUAAAGAGCUAAAGAAUAGCUCUCCAUCAACGCCUAAGAUGCGCAGGUCAUCAUCGUUGAUGAUGGCUGUUUCUAGCCCUAAAGCUAUACCCAAGCAAUCCUCAAAGAUGAGUCCCAAAGUAGGGAUGAAGUUAAGCCAAAGCCCAAUUAAUGGUGUUUCAAAAAUAGGCCAUACCGGAUCCAGCAUUCCUGCUCGAACCUUAUCAGAGUCUCGGCUUGUGCCAUCGAUGUUAGGCUCUACCUCUCCCAGAAGCAACAGUCAAGACAGCCUUUCCCAUUCUAAUGAAAGUCUGAAGAUCAUAAACUUAGACAACAUGGUGCGUUCAAACAGCUUCACUCAUUUCAAACAGAUUCCUUCACCCACCAAUGAGCCCAUGACACGAUCUUUCUCCUUUAAUCGAGCUGUGGAACUUGCUAAGCCUCUGGCCAACACUCAGCUCCGGCCGCCUAGGAGUGGUUUUCUCAAACCUCCUCAACUUAGCAAUGGAAGAGUUGGUUUAGGUCUAAAUGGCAGUCUCGGAGGUUCAGGUUGUCUAAGUGGAGGAGAAGGGGGACCUCAGCACAGCAGAGCUCCUCCAUCAGCCUCCUCGGUGCCCAACCCCUCAAUCCCUCCAGCACUUGGUACUCCCCGGACUCUGAAAAAGCCUCUGCUUCCCAGUUCUAUACUGACCAAGUCACUGUCCAACAAUGGGGGCUCCUUUGGUUACAGAAUAUCUCAGUCUGGACAGGCCAAGCGACAGAAACCUCUUUUACCAGACAGGGUCAGGGAUGGUAUACGUUCCUCGGGAGCCUCUGAAUCUGGGGCACUGUCAGGAACGGUCGAUGCUGAACCAGCCAAUGAGGCUGAAAAAGCAGACAUUCGCCAUGACAGUGAUGAAAGCUCUGGAAAUGGCACUGGCAGUGGAGGAGAAAGUGGUGAAAGUAGGCAGAGUUCUGGUCCGGCAGCAUGCGAGACUCUAGAGGACAUGUCAUUAUCUUCUGCUUCAUCGCUAGACAGAGGUGACACCAGUGAAGAGUUUCUAGAUGACUUGGACUGUAUGGGAGAUGUCUUCAGUGAUGGGGAAAUGCCUGAUAACAAGAAAUCUAGAAGCCCUUCUGAAAGCCCCCUACACAUCUGUGUCAAUGAAGCGGUGGCCUGGGAGUCAUUGAAUCUGGCUGAAAACGAAGUUCGCUCUUUGCAUGAGUCCCGGGCAUCGAUGAUGUUGUCCCCCGAGCAGGCAGAUGCCCCUCAGGCUUUUUCUGUUGAGGUAUCACCCUCCAACAGCUCAAGUGGAACCUACAUGUGGGACGAAGAGGGUCUUGAGCCCCUUGGGGGAUGUGGAACUCAUCUCCUUGACAGUUAUGAUGACUCGGAACUCAACAGUAUGGAUAUUCUAAACAACCUGGACCCACCUGGAACUGGGGAUUUAGAAGACGAUGACCUCAUGUUGGACGUUGAUCUCCCAGAGGAUGGCUUACAUGGCUUUUACAGAAUGUCCCAUAAUGAGCGUAUGGAACGGGCCAGCCGACAGGGGCAGCGGCGUAAACAGCACCGCUGGAGUGGACCGGACCACUUGCACAAUGAUAACAGUCGGGCCCACGUUUUCCAAAAUUACAAUGGUCUGAAAGCUUCAAGGACCUCUUCACAGCCUGUCCAGUCUGAAGGCAGGCAGCACGGGUUCAGACCAACGCUGGAUGAACUUACCCUCGAGCACAUGACUCAGGAUUGCAGUUUACUCAAAAAUCAGCUGCUCAGACUUAAGACAUUAUUACAGCUUGAGGAAAAAGAUUUUCCAGCAGAUGUUUCUGAGACAUCUGAAGAAAACACCAAUGCAUCACAGUUGGAAGCAUUGAUUAAGGAAGUACAAGUACUGCGAGAGGAGCUCAGGAUUCGGGACAAGACAAUUGCACACCUCACUUUGCAGUGUCAACAGCUACAACAGCAAAAUCAGCAGGAACAAAUGGUCAGAUGCCAGUGCCACCACCAGAGGGCUCCCUCUUCACGAAGACAGAAUGACAGACAGAUGGACAAACGGAUACUGCACCACUAUGACAAAGCUACCCAAACAUACUGGAGACCACCAAACCAAGUUCCUCAAAUACUGCAGCCUUUCAACCCUUGUCUCAACGAGCAACCCCACCAGGGAAGACUUGUAAAAACUCCCCCCACCGAGGACCACAGUGAUCUCACAAGGAGUAAAUCAGAGGAAGCAACUUAUAAGGAUGGCGUUCAUCCUCCUGAAGCUCUCAUGGCACAUGUGUCCAAGAUAGCAGGCCCUGAUGAGCUAAGUCGUAUACCCGGCACCAACCGGCGCUGCUUGACUUCUACCGCUCCACAGGGGAUAACAGCCAGAGGCGGUCCAGCUUUAGCAGCUCAUGCUGCAGCACUGAAUAAGAAAAGGGCUCCCGCAAUGAUGCUCCAGAACUCUGUCACUCCAAGAUCUAGUGAUUCAACUUCCCAUCGCAUGCUGCAACCUCCUCGCCUUCACAAGCACGUGUCUCUUCCUGCAACCAAGCCAGGGGACACUGCUGGUUUUGCCUCUCAGAAGCCAGGGUGUUCCCUCGGGCCACUGGCUAACCAAACCAAGCAGCUGCCACCUCCAUCUAGAGGCCUUCCCUGCUUUAACACUGGAACCCAGCUGCAGUCCCCAAAACUGUUUCAUUCUUCACUACUUCAGCCUCUCAGAACAUCAGAGCCGAAAAGAGAUCUGCGGUGCACCAGAUCCAACUCAGUGGAGGAGCCCACCCAAAGGACACUAAAAGAGCCUGGGUCAGCUGAGAUCAUGAUUCCUCUUAGUCGCUCAUGCCUCCCCAAGCCAAAGAUUCCCUGA